GCUGCCCUCGCUCCCAUUCCCCGCCGUCUCAUUUGCCACCUCCCAACGCGUGACCCCGGCGCGUCGCGUCCCGGGCCGGUGUCAGACGCGGGGUGCGCCAAGCGGUCCCAUGUGCCCCCUCCCUCUCGCGGCCGCCGCAGUCACCGCGCCCCGAACCCCGCUCCGGCUCCUCGGCAGAGGGCUCGCCGCCGCCAUGUCUACCGCCCGGCCACUCAAAUCCGUGGACUACGAAGUGUUCGGGAGAGUGCAGGGUGUUUGCUUCAGGAUGUACACUGAAGAUGAGGCUAGGAAAAUUGGAGUGGUUGGCUGGGUGAAGAAUACCAGCAAGGGCACUGUGACAGGCCAAGUGCAAGGCCCUGAAGAGAAAGUCAAUUCCAUUUAUUUUUUGGCUAGAAAAACACCUCUGCCAUUUACAGAUCUGAGCCACCCCUAUCAAGGGCAAGAGCAGCACAUGAAGAACACAUCUUUCCAAGAAACAGAUGACUGGAGCACUCCUAGGAAGUCCUGGCUGAGCAAGAUUGGAAGUCCUAGUUCUCGCAUUGACCGCACGAACUUUUCCAAUGAAAAAACCAUCUCUAAACUUGAAUACUCUAAUUUUAGUAUUCGAUACUAAUAGGAGAGAAAUUAAAAUUGUAAUGCUUAUACUAUACAAUAGAAUAGACUGUAUUCUUAAGUCUGCAUACUAGUGACAGUAGCAGAAUAGGGUAAAAAAAGAAACUUUCUGUUCUGAAAGCUGCAACAUUACAUUACUAAAAAUGGUUGACAGUGAAAUAGUUUUACUCAACAAUGUUUUUAACAAGCCAAAUUUAGCAUUCUAAAAUUUUAAAUGUCAUUACAAAAUAUUUUAAUAUGAAUAUUUUAUUUAAACUUGUCUCAUGGAAUCUUUAAUUCUAAUGAAUAUUAUGACAUACAUGUUAUUUGGCUGGACAUAAAAUAAUAAGUUAACCACUUAAAAAUUAUUUUUGAGUAUUAUCUGAAUUGAGUUCUAAAACCUCUGAAUAAUAACUUGUUAAAGUUGAAUACUUUGUUUAACAACAGCAAAAUAACCAGUAGUUUGAUAUAAAUGUCUAUGAUGAUCAGCAUAGCCUUAAAAUCAAUAAAGAGUUAACUUUAAACUGA